AGAGCGGCUCGCGCGCCGCGUCCGGUCACGUGCGCGCGAGCUUCCCGGUGGAGCCGGUUCGGGCUCGGGAUCUGGGAGCGGGGGCCGAGAUGCGCGUGAAGAUACUGAGCCGUAACCCCGACGACUACGUGCGCGAGACCAAGUUGGACCUGCAGCGCGUUCCAAGGAACUAUGACCCUGCAUUGCAUCCGUUUGAGGUUCCACGAGAAUACACAAGAGCUCUGAAUGCAACAAAGCUAGAGCGUGUGUUUGCAAAACCCUUUCUCAGCUCACUUGAUGGCCACAGAGAUGGAGUUAAUUGCAUGGCCAAACAUCCAAAAAGUUUGUCUACAGUGCUGUCUGGAGCUUGUGAUGGAGAGGUUAAAAUUUGGAACUUGACCAGGCGACAGUGCAUUCGUACUAUACAAGCCCAUGAAGGCUUUGUUCGAGGCAUGUGUGCCCGUUUCUGUGGUACAUCAUUCUUCACGGUUGGUGAUGACAAAACUGUGAAGCAGUGGAAAAUGGAGAGCCCAGAAUAUGGAGAAGAAGAAGAACCUAUUCAUACAAUUCUUGGAAAGACAGUGUAUACAGGAAUUGAUCACCACUGGAAGGAACCUGUUUUUGCCACCUGUGGCCAUCAAGUGGACAUUUGGGAUGAACAAAGGACAAGUCCCAAGUGUUCUUUGACUUGGGGUUUUGAUAGCAUUAGCAGUGUAAAAUUUAAUCCCAUUGAGACAUACCUUUUGGGAAGCUGUGCUUCUGACAGAAAUAUUGUGCUAUAUGAUAUGAGAAAAUCAACUCCGUUAAAGAAGGUUAUCUUGAACAUGAGGACAAAUACACUGUGUUGGAACCCCAUGGAAGCUUUCAUUUUUACUGCAGCAAAUGAAGAUUACAACUUAUAUACUUUUGAUAUGCGCUAUCUUGAAUCACCUGUGAUGGUGCAUAUGGAUCAUGUGUCUGCUGUUCUUGAUGUGGAUUAUUCACCCACUGGGAAAGAAUUUGUGUCUGCCAGCUUUGACAAGUCUAUCCGCAUUUUUCCUGUAGACAAAGGUCACAGCAGGGAGGUAUAUCAUACCAAACGAAUGCAGCACGUCAUCACUGUAAAAUGGACUUCAGAUAACAAAUAUAUUCUGUGUGGCUCAGAUGAGAUGAAUAUUCGCCUGUGGAAAGCCAAUGCUUCUGAAAAACUGGGAGUGCUUGCACCGCGAGAGAAGGCAGCUAUGAAUUACAAUCAGAAGCUGAAGGAGAAGUUCCAGUUUCACCCACAGAUCAGGCGCAUCGCUCAGCACCGUCACUUGCCCAAGAGCAUAUACUGCCAAAUCAAGGAGCAGCGCAUCAUGAGAGAGGCUCGUCGGCGAAAGGAACUGAAUCGUCGCAAGCACAGCAAACCGGGAUCUGUGCCAUUUGUGUCAGAGAGGAAGAAACAUAUUGUGGCGGUAGUGAAAUAAUUGUUUUCUCAUGUACAAAAUGUCACAAUGAAAGAAAAAUGUCACUAUUGAAUGAAUACACUGUACAAAACUUGAUGGACAUUGGUAAGACAGCAUAUGGCUCCAGGAACGUGGCUUUUCUUCAACUUUACACAUCCUCUGACUUCUGAAGUCAUCAUCUGCUUUGGGUACUUAUGAGAAUUAGCACUGUAAUCUUUCAUUGCCAUUUGUCUGUCUGACGUUACUGCCCCACCCCUGUGUAUUGCAGUGGAGUUUGACCCUUUUGAUACAAGCAGAUAACUUGGUGGAGAAUGUUUGUAGUUCCUGUCUUAUUCCUUGGUCCUGUUACUACAAAAAAAGGAUGAAAUAGAUUCUUAUUUAUCAAAGCAAAAAAAACCCUUGUUCCAAACAGAGUUAUAAAAUUGAUUCUCCUUAUGCUGUCUGGUUUUUAAUUUUUAUUCAAACAAAUUUAAUAAAGAAAACAAGUGACCUUAAGGCACUGGACUAGAUCUUGAUUAUUCCAACUUAACAAAUAUCCUGCAUUAUACUUCUUACAAAAGGAAUUUCACAGUUCCCAGUCCCAGGGAGUUCCCACUUUCAUCAAGCUGCUAAAAAAUUAUGACAUCUGUAAACAUAAUUUUGUUCUGUCUUCUUAACUAUUGUUAUAUAACUUGACAAAACUUCAGACUGUUAAGUUCCUAAAAUUGACAAUGACGUAGUUGAAUAAUUUUUUCUCUUUAACUUACUUAAAAUUUCUAAAAUCUGGAUGAAAGAUAACAUAAAUUGUAUAAACCACAGAAACUUCUUUAGAUGAGAUUUAUCAUAAACCUUCUAUUUUAAGUUUAUAGAAGAAAAACAGAAGUUUCAUGCUUUCACCUGUAGCCCAAACUUCCUCUACUGUUUGUCUGGGAAAUGUUCUGCUUCUCUUCCUGUGGGAUAAACUUUACCUUUUACUGAAGAUACUAAGGUGAUCAGAAAAUGAUGCUGGAAUUCAGCUAGGCUUUCUAGGAUGAAAGCUUCUCUUUCAGACAGAGGAGAUAUGUAAUAAUAAUUUUGCUUAACAUCUUUUGUACAAAAGGAUCUUCUUUAACCUUUGCACUGUGGUGCAGUCCGUAACAACGCUCUCCCCACCCUGAGUUUAUGCACAAAAAAUAAUUAAAAUUAUAAUAAACUUUAUA